AUGUCCUGUCGCUCCUACAGGAUCAGCCCAGGAUGUGGAGUUACCAGAAACUUCAGCUCCUGCUCGGCUGUGGCCCCCAAAACUGGCAAUCGCUGCUGCAUCAGUGCCGCUCCCUUCCGAGGGGUGUCCUGCUACAGGGGAUUGACUGGCUUCAGCAGCCGAAGCCUCUGCAACCCAAGCCCUUGUGGGCCCCGUAUAGCUGUUGGAGGCUUCCGCUCCGGCUCCUGUGGAAGAAGCUUCGGCUACCGCUCUGGAGGAGUCUGCGGGCCCAGUCCCCCCUGCAUCACCACUGUCUCUGUCAAUGAGAGCCUGCUCACACCCCUCAACCUGGAGAUCGACCCCAAUGCUCAGUGUGUGAAGCAUGAGGAGAAGGAACAGAUCAAGUGCCUCAACAGCAAGUUUGCAGCCUUCAUCGACAAGGUGCGCUUCCUGGAGCAGCAGAACAAGCUGCUGGAGACCAAGUGGCAGUUCUACCAGAACCAGCGCUGCUGUGAGAGCAACCUGGAGCCUCUGUUUGGAGGCUACAUCGAGACGCUGAGGAGGGAGGCUGAGUGUGUGGAGGCUGACAGCGGGCGGCUGGCUGCUGAGCUCAACCAUGUGCAGGAGGCCAUGGAGGGCUACAAGAAGAAGUAUGAGGAGGAGGUGGCCCUGAGGGCUACAGCAGAGAACGAGUUUGUGGUUCUAAAGAAGGAUGUGGACUGUGCCUACUUACGGAAAUCAGACCUGGAGGCCAACGUGGAGGCUCUAGUGGAGGAGUCAAGCUUCCUGAAGCGCCUCUAUGAAGAGGAGAUCCGUGUUCUGCAAGCCCAUAUCUCAGACACUUCAGUCAUCGUCAAGAUGGACAACAGCAGGGACCUGAACAUGGACUGUGUCGUGGCUGAGAUCAAGGCUCAGUAUGAUGAUGUUGCCAGCCGCAGCCGGGCAGAGGCCGAGUCCUGGUACCGCACCAAGUGUGAGGAGAUGAAGGCCACAGUGAUCCGGCACGGGGAGACCCUGCGCCGCACGAAGGAGGAGAUGAAUGAGCUGAAUCGGAUCAUCCAGAGGCUGACGGCUGAGAUUGAGAAUGCCAAGAUCCAGCGUGCCAAGCUGGAGACCGCUGUGGCUGAGGCAGAGCAGCAGGGAGAGGCCGCCCUCACUGAUGCCCGCUGCAAGCUGGCUGAGCUGGAGGCUGCCCUACAGAAGGCCAAGCAGGACAUGGCCUGCCUGCUCAAGGAGUACCAGGAGGUGAUGAACUCCAAGCUGGGGCUGGACAUCGAGAUCGCCACCUACAGGCGCCUGCUGGAGGGCGAGGAGCACAGGCUAUGUGAGGGUGUGGGCUCUGUGAAUGUCUGCGUCAGCAGCUCCCGUGGUGGAGUCACAAGUGGAGGCCUCACAUAUGGCACAACCCCAGGGCGCCAGAUUGCCUCUGGUCCCUCUGCCACCGGGGGCAGCAUCACAGUGAUGGCCCCUGACUCCUGCUCUCCUUGCCAGCCACGAGCCUCAAGUUUCAGCUGUGGGAGCAGCCGCUCAGUGCGCUUUGCUUAGUGCCGGGACCUCCAACUGUCUGCGCAUGAAUGGAGUGAUGGUGACGUGUGAAUGGAAAAUGUGUGCUUUCUUCCAGAAUAUUCCAGAUGUUCCUAUAGGAGGAAAGAGCUCAGGGCCACUCUCCUCCCCCUUCUCCUUUUAGGGAGUUGUUUCUCAGUUCUUCUCUGGAUUCACUUUAGGAGGUUAUUUCAAACCCUUCCCUUAAUUCCAACCUGUCUUCAAACACUUAUAAUUGAUUUGUAUCAUUCGCCAAACUCUCAGAGACUCUACUCAUCACACUGAGUGGCUGGGCAAUAAAGCUUGACCUUCUUGGGUCAAGGCAAAAUCCUAACCACCAGCCAUUCCCCCCAACACCAAGGACCAAAGGGAACCCUCCCCAAGAAACUCCCACUUCUGGCCCCAGGUACAUGGCCUCAGAGGUGUUUGCUCACCCCUGACUGACUGCCUUCCCAGGGACAACAUGCCCCACCACACUUGGGUUGCUUCCCAGAAAACAGUCUGCUCUCUGGGGAGUCCUGCUACCUACAGCCCCUGGCUGGGGUCUUUGAACAGGUCUUUCUAUUCAGGGCACCUUUCCACAUUUCAAAGACUCCUUACUUGCUGCAGGCCUCCCCUGCCUGUGCAGAAGGGAACUGCCCACUGGAGAGCUGAUGGGAUGGGGGCUAUGAGGCCGCUUUCCGGUUCUGUCUGUAGGUGCCUUGCCUUCUGGGUUGACCCCAUCUGUUUCAAUAAAUACUGCUGCCAUGCAA